AUGUCCGUCUUGCCACACAAACGCAAGUCUCCAUUUGGCGAGCCUCCAGCUGGGUAUGUUCCUGGAUUAGGUCGUGGCGCUGCUGGAUUUACGACUCGAAGCGAUAUUGGAAAUAUGGCUAAAUCAGAAGAAGGGGAUACGCCUGAAGUGGGAGGAAGCCGUUCCGCAGAAGCAAGAGCUGCAAAGCUUGCAGCCCAGAAAAAGCAAGGAGGAGGUCCUUCUCAACAGCAGGGUCAGAGUGGUUAUGGUGAAAAUGGAGCAAGACCGCCAAUCGAGGGGCAGUUCGAUGACAACGAAAAUGAAGAUGAUGAAGCAGAUCGAAUUUGGCAGGCCAUUGAUGAUCGCAUGAAUGCCAAACGGAAAAAGCGCAGCAAACCUCAUCAAGGGGCUGAGCCACCGACUGCAAGAGUCAAAAUUGGUGCUCAAUUUCGAGAUUUAAAAGAACAAUUAGCAACUGUCAGUGAAGAAGAUUGGCUCAAGGUACCUGAAGUCGGUGAUUAUUCGUUGAAAUACAAGCGAGAGCAACACCGCCGCCGUCAAGACGACACAUUCAUACCUUUGACGGACAGUCUAUUGGAGAGCCGAUCCAAACAUAAUUUAGAACAAACCAAGGCAGGAGCUGCGAACAUGGCAGCAGACGGAACGGCUACCAGCUCCAACAUUCGUGGAUUGGGUGCCGCUCGAGGUACUGUAUUGGGUAUGAGUCUGGACAAAAUGUCAGACAAUGUCGGUGGACAAACUGUGGUGGAUCCAAAGGGGUACUUGACGAGCUUAGGAAAUACACAAAUUGCGAGUUCUGCUCAAGUGGGAGACACCAACAAGGCUCGUUUGCUUCUGAAGAGUGUCCGAGAUACGAAUCCAAAGCAUGGACCUGGAUGGAUUGCUUCUGCACGAGUCGAAGAAGCCGCCAACAAAAUAAAUAAGGCACGCAAACUGAUUCAAGAGGGAUGUGAGAUUUGUCCCGACCAAGAGGACGUUUGGCUGGAAGCCGCCCGAUUGCAUCCACCAGCCGUUGGCAAAUCCAUUCUGGCGACCGCGGUACGACGAAUUCCCAAUUCAGUCAAGUUGUUCUUGCGCGCGGCGGAUGCUGAGGAUUCCACAGAUGCCAAAAAGGCAGUAUUGCGAAAAGCCAUUGAAGCCAAUCCAACUUCUAUUACUUUAUGGAAACAUGCGAUUGAAUUGGAAGAAGCUGACGAUGCUAAGGUAUUACUCAGUGUUGCUGUCGAACGAGUCCCCCAAGCAGUCGACUUGUGGUUGGCCUUGGCACGUUUGGAGACCUAUGAUAACGCCCGUCGUGUCUUGAACAAGGCUCGACGAGCCUUGCCCAGUGAUCGAAGUGUUUGGAUAGCCGCAGCCAAACUUGAAGAGUCCCAACACCACGCCGAUCUUGUCGACAAGAUUAUUGAUCGAGCCUUUAAGAGUCUUUCCAAAUACAGUGAUGAUGUGAUUGUAACGCGAGCGCAAUGGUUGGUGGAGGCCGAACAGGCAGAAGCAUCCGGUGCGCCAUUGACUAGUGCUGCAAUUGUCCGUCAUUCCAUUGGACAAGGCGUGGAAGAAGAGGAUCGGCAAAGAACGUGGGCAGAAGAUGCCAAGGUCACCAUCGCAAGAGGAUCCAUAUCUACUGCACGAGCCAUACUGGCCCACGCCCUACAAGCCUUUCCUUCAAAGCGCAGCCUCUGGAUGCAAGCAGUAGAGUUGGAAAAGCAACAUGGUACGGCAGAAUCACUUGACGAAAUAUUGAAAGCUGCAAGCGAACGCCUACCUCGUGUGGAACUGUUCUGGCUACUACGGGCCAAAGAAAGAUGGCUUGCCAAGGAUAUCGAUAUGGCCCGAGACAUUUUGACGCAAGCAUUUGCUGUGAACCCAGACAGUGAAGAAGUUUGGCUGGCAGCUGCCAAGCUCGAAUGGGAAACUGGUGAAAUUGAACGUGCUAGAGUCUUACUGCAACGAGCCCGAGAAAGAGCCCCGUCGCCUAGAGUGUACAUGAAGUCAGCGUUAUUGGAACGAGAAGAAGCAUGUUGGGAGGAAGCUCUGGCAUUGAUUGACCAAGGAGUCAAGGAGCAUCCUGAGUUUGCGAAAUUGUACAUGAUGGCUGGUCAGAUCUGCGCAAAUGACUUGAUGCCACAUGACCAUACUAAUCUUGGAAAGGCACGAAAGUGGUUGCAAAAGGGACUGACGAAAUGUCCAAACAAUGUGAUUCUUUGGAUCUUGGCGAGCCGGCUGGAAGAGAAAGCGCAUACUUAUGCUUCCAAUGGCGACUCGAGCAAACCUGCUCCUUCUGCCAAUGUGGGUGUCACAAAAGCGAGAUCCCUCUUGGAACUUGGUCGAUUGAAGAAUCCUAAAUCAGAGCACUUGUGGUUGGAAGCAGUACGACUAGAGUCUCGCGCUGGAAAUAUCAAAAUGGCCGAGACUCUCAUGGCAAGAGCCUUACAAGAUUGUCCAAAUUCUGGCAUACUAUUGGCGGAAACAAUUUUGACUGCGUCGCGGGUAGAGAAAAAGUCCAAGUCUGCCUUGGCUAUCAAACGAUGUCCAGAGUCUCCUUUGGUAAUUUGCGCAGUUGCCUCUCUGUUUGCCUCGGAACGAAAGAAUGACAAGGCUCGCAAGUGGUUGGAACGGGCAGUGCUACUAGACCCGGACCAAGGCGAUUCGUGGGCUCGAUAUUAUCAGUUCGAGAUGCAGGCUGGAACGGAAGAGCAAAAAGAGAAUAUUCGGAAACGAUGCGCUAAGGCCGAGCCAAAGCAUGGUGAACUCUGGCAAUCUGUUCGAAAGGAUAUGAAGAACAAACGAAUAAGCGAUCUGAAGGCCCUCGAGUUGACGGUUGAGAAACUGAAGGAGCAACAAGCCGUAGCGACAUCAUCGAAAGAAUGA